AUCCAGUUAAAUUCUGAAUACAGAUCACAGAACAGAUAUAAACACAAAUGGCGAAAGCAGUUAACCAAUGUAAAUUCUUUAUCAUAUUCCUGUUUUGUGGAUCGUUAUUUUUAAUAUGGAAACACCAAAACGAUAUACAACUAGCCUCAUCACAUACCGACGAAUCACAUCACAUCCUCAGCAAGAAAAAUGCAACAACUUCAUUGAACAAUCACCCUGAAUGUCCAGAUAUCUUACGUGGCAUGGCUUAUGGUUGGUGGAAACUUAACCCUUUGACACCAGGACAAACAACGGAAAUGAGGACAUUUCUACAAACUGCGAGAACACAACAUGGAUUACCAAUAUCUCUUCAAAGAAAUGAUUUCAUAUGUGGAAAUACGAGUUUUCCCACCCAUUUAAGUCCAACAAUAACCUGGUUUCGUGCAUUGUGUGAUCCUUAUGGUCCGACCCCGUGUUGUUUUAAUAAUAAAUGUGUUCAAAAAUCUAUACAGGAAUGUAAGUGUGACAAUUGUUUUGAUAUGCGACAACCACCUCAUGCGGAAUAUUCUGAAUGGAUACCAUACGAUCAACGAUGCAAGAUAAAGAAAUUUAAUCACUCUGAGGCGUGUGAACUACUAGACGGAGCUGCCAUCUAUUUAAGUGGUGAUUCUUAUAUUCGCCACAUAUAUACAGAAUUACUUUUGUUUCUUCGUAAUAAUACGUAUGAUGGAGCUUUAAGAAAGCGGGUAGGAAAAGAUAUACACGAUAAAUGUACUGGUAUGUAUAUGUUUACAGAGAUGGCGUGUCGACUAAACCUCGAUUACAGUACAGAAGAUUUAUGUGGUGGCAAAUUGAGAUUAAAACAUGAUACACACAUGUCAGCUUAUCAUGGGAAAUCAUUUUCUUCUAUGGUAGCAACUCUUGUGAACAAACCCAAAUCUUUAGUUAUUUUUGGGAUAGGUCUUCACAACAGCUUCCAUCUCCCCACAAUUCGAGAUGGUUAUAUCAAGCCUGCACUAGACGGCGUAAAAAAAAGCAAAUGGCCUAAAUUUCUAUGGGCCUCGCCUCAUUCUCCAGGAAUCUUAAAGAACGGCAAUAUGCAAUCACAGGCUAAGCCAUCUGUUCUUAAAUUUAUAAAAGAAAUAGCAGACUUUUUAUCUCCUCUGAAAAUUCCAAUUUUUAAUAGUUAUAAUAUGACCGAAGGUAUGAUGAGUUUUGACGGAAAUCAUUAUGGACAUGGCAUGAAUUACUGGAAAAUUCAAAUAAUUUUUAAUUAUAUACAAGAAUUGAAAGACACGGGAAACUGGUAA